AUGAUCUCUUCAACGUCUUUCGCUUUCCGACUCGUUCUUCUAAUAUUAUCCGUCCACAAUUGUUGGCCAACACCGUCGCACCAGCCAAGACGGCCCAAUACCUAUAAAUGGCUCGCCCAGAACUCUUAUCUCUGUGAGUUUUCACUUUGCUCGGCCACAAUCAUCAGUUUCAGGCGAUCCGAGCCUGUUGAACCGGCGGUCCCAUCGGUUUCUGGCGCCUCGGGAGGCGACGAGAUUGCGGUGUUCGUGCGGGGAUCCGUUGGUGACCAAGUCCGCGUGCGCGAGACGGAAAAGCAGCGAGAAACCGCGAUGUUUCAGAUGUGAGUGAAGGUUACAACAGUACCGGUCAUUCAACGCGAUUUAUCUCAGCGGUGUGUAAAGAUAUCAGAAAGUGGUCAACUGAGAAAAUGUGCACAAUGUCUUUCUGAGCAAUUUAUCAGUUGACAACUUUUUGAUAUCUCUACCGACAGCUGAGAUAUAGCGUUUUGAAUAAUCGCUAUCUGGAUUAGGGUGGGGUGCGCUAUUGUAGUUCAUUUCUUUUGCAAAUCAGGCCGUCGAUUUUUAGGAAAGUUAGGCCACUAAGCGAAUGGAAGAGGUUUGUGCAAAAGCUAGGCCACAUACCUGGAAAGUUAGGCCACCAAGUGUUCGAGGGAAGUCUUUCUGAAAGAGAAAACUAGGCCAUGGAAAGAAAUUGUGCAAAAGUUAGGCCACCAAUCGUCACGGCAGGGGUUUCUAUGAUGAAAAAGUUAGGCCAUCGACUGGAAAAACUCGGUCACCGCCUCAAUUACCAUUUUUUCAGUGCCAGAAGCGUGUAUCCAAGAAUACACGGUGAUAUUUGCGAACGGAGGCAAUCGCCUGUCCAGUAAGCCCAUUUUUCAGACCCUUUCCAACCGAAAUCCUUCCAGAACCACCCAAACUUGCCCGUCGUCGACCGACCGUAUCCAUUACCGCAAAACGGAGACCGACAGUAAUCCAGAGGUUUUUCUGCACUUUUUUUUGAGGUUUUUGCACUAUUCUGGUUUCAGACGACCACAUAGAAAGCCGAAAAUCGUGUCGAAACAGUGGGUGAACACGGUGCUUCGAGUCAAAAAGCCCACGAAACCCGGGAAAUCGUGA